AUUCAUAUAAAUAGGAUUUCAUUUUUUUCCGUACGACAAAUAAUCUUUGCUGUCGUUCAUACUUCCACAAUGUCUAAUAAUAUCGAAAUGCAAGACACUUUAAAUAAAAAUGAAUGGAUUGAUUUGAUUGAGGAAGCUAUUGAUAAAGAAUAUUUUAAAUGUUAUGAAUACAAUUUUAGUAAUAUUCAAGAAAUUGGUUCCGGUACAUUCGGAGAAGUUUAUCGUGCAAAUUGGAAAAAUUCUGAACAAUAUAUAGCUUUGAAAUCUUUUUUUAAUCUUAAUGACGUCACUGUAAAAGAAAUCGUACAUGAGCUUAAGCUUCAAAGUAAAAUACAAUUUCAUGAUAAUAUUAUUAAGUUCUAUGGGGUUACAAAAUUUGAGUCAGAUGAUCUAUUAAAAAAAUAUUCAAUAGUUAUGGAGUAUGCUGAUUCUGGUACUCUUAAAGAUUAUUUGAAGAAAAACUUCAAUAAUCUUACCUGGGAUAAUAAAUACAACUUGGCGUACCAGUUAGCUUGUGGCGUGUCAUGUUUACAUAAUGGAGGUAUCAUACAUCGUGAUUUGCAUUCUGAUAAUAUAUUGGUUCAUAGAAACACAAUAAAGGUGUUAUCAAAGGGAAUUGAUUCAUUAUCCAAACAAUCAAAAUUAUUUGGAAUAAUUCCUUACAUUGAUCCAACAAGAUUUGGUAAACGAGAAGACAAUAAAAAUUUAACCCAAAUUUUCUCAUUUAAUGAAAAGAGCGAUGUUUACAGUGUUGGAGUACUUUUAUGGGAGAUAUCUAGCGGACAAUCUCCUUUUUCUACUAAAGAAUAUGAUCUUGAUUUGGCUAUGCAAGGUCUUAGAGAAGAUCCUAUUCCUGAUACACCUGAUAAAUAUAUAAAACUUUAUACUGAUUGUUGGGAUGGUGAGUCAAAUAAUCGUCCAACUAUAAACCAGGUGAUAGAAAGAUUAAAAUCAAUGAUGAUUACAAAAACAACUAUAAUAACAGAAAAUUAUCAUAUUAAAUCAGAUCUUCAAUUAUCAGACGAGCAAGAUAUUAAUCCAACUAAUGUUAAUACUUCUUCAAGUAUCAAUGAUUCAUACCAUGGAGAAUUAUCUCAAAUUAUUCAAAAUUUUGAUAAAAUGAAUAUAAAAGAAAUAGCGCCUACAGUAUCAACAAGUGAAAUGUUUAAUAUAAUUAAUUCUUCUGAAAUGAAUUUAAUAAUUAAUGAAAUAGUAGAAUUUAUUUUUAAAUUAAACAAUAGAGGAAAAUCAGCAUAUGAUUAUAUUUUUGAUUGUUUUAAUGAUCAUAAUAUAAAUUCAUUUGAAAUUUAUAGCUGGUUGUUAAAUAAUCAAAAUGAUUUGGAUUCUAUUUUCUUACUUGGAUAUUUUAAUUAUGUAGGAAUUGAAGCUAGUAAAAAUUUUGAUCGAGCAUUUGAUUUGUUUAUCAAAGCAUCAAAGCAAAGUCAUAUAUUAGCACAAUAUUACGUUGGAGGAUGUUAUGAAUUUGGCUAUGGGACUGUAAAAAAUGAAAAGCUAGCUAUUGAAUAUUAUGAUAAAUUAGUUAAUAAAGAGAUUGCGUUAGGAAUAUUUAAAAUUAGUUUUUUUUAUGAACAAGGUAUAGGAGUUAAAAAAAAUUUAAAAAGAGCUGCUCAUUUAUAUGAAAAAGCAGCAAAUUUAGGACAUAAUGUGGCUCAAAGUAAUCUUGCCAUUAUGUAUAUAAAUGAAAUCGGUAUUGAUAAAGAUGAUUACAAGGCAUUUAAUUUAUCUAAACAAUCAGCUGAGGGAGAAUGUUUGAGUGGAAUAAGGGUAUUGGGAUAUUGUUAUAGUUACGGAAUUGGGACUAAUAUUAAUAAACAAAAAGCGUUUGAAUUAUAUCAAAAAGCAGCAGAUUUAGGAGAUAUGUAUGCUCAACAUAAUCUUGGUGAUAUGUAUGAAAUAGGGGAUGGAAUUGAGAAAGAUAUAAAUAAAGCAAUUUACUGGUAUGAACAAUCUGCCAAACAAGGAUAUCAAGAUGCUCAAAAUAGGUUGGAAAAGUUAAAAAAAAUAAUUCACGUAAAUUAAGAAUUUUUUUAUUUAUAUAUUUGUGUCGUAUUUUAUAAUACUGUAUUUUACGUAUUUAAUUAAAAAUAUAUAUAAUUACAUCGCAGUUCGGCCAAUAACUAUUAUUUAUUUAUUUUAACUAUAAUUUUUUCUUUUGAUUGUUUUAUAAAUCAAUAAU